CCCGCCCACCAGUGUGUGUCCCAAAUCUAAGACCCCUAGGACCUCUACUAACGGGCUGGGAGAGGGUGCGCCGCUCUCGCCCUUGGCUCUGAACACUUCUCGGUGAAGCUGCUCAGACUCAAGUCGGCGGCGUGGGAAAGCUGGCUGUAUCUUCCGUGGGCGUGGGCGGAGGCUCUGCAUAAACUCCAGUUGCAGCCUCAGACUUGAACCCCAUCGGGGACAGGGAGCACCUCGUCCUGGAGUCAGCCCAGGUCAACUUACGGGCCGUUGGCACCGGGCGCCCAGGUGGCGGGCUUCGCUGGGCUGGACGCACAGCCUCUGUUUCCUUACUUUGCUGGAGACCAGCAUGUUGGAGUCAACAUUCAUGCAGACCGGGACUGCUGCCUCUUUCUCGAGCUGUGUAUCUCUGCCUGAGCAGUUACUUUGAUCCAUGUGGCCCAUCUUUGAGAUUCAGUCCUCACAAGUGACCUCAGCAUGUCAUCAGCAGCAAAAUCCCAACUGCUGGAGGAGACAGCGCCUGGCUGCGAGGAAGAGCCAAAAGGGAAAACACUUCUCACUUGGGGAUCUCUUUUUGGUCACCGGAGUGAGAAGAUUGUCUUCACCAAAGGUGAUGGCAGCCCAGAGGAGAGCCUGCUCACUGUCACCAUCACAGAGACCACUGUCAUUGAGUCGGACCUGGGUGUCUGGAGUUCAAGGGCUCUCAUCUACCUCACGCUGUGGUUCUUUUUCAGCUUCUGUACGCUGUUCCUCAACAAGUACAUCCUGUCCCUGUUAGAGGGAGAGCCCAGCAUGUUAGGUGCUGUGCAGAUGCUGUCAACGACAUUAAUUGGCUGUGUUAAAAUAUUUGUUCCUUGCUGUUUAUAUCAACACAAAACCCGGCUCUCUUAUCCACCCAAUUUCAUCAUGACUAUGCUCUUUGUGGGCCUCAUGAGGUUUGCAACGGUGGUUUUGGGGCUGGUCAGCCUCAAGAACGUGGCAGUGUCCUUUGCUGAGACAGUGAAGAGCUCGGCUCCCAUUUUCACUGUAAUCAUGUCUCGGAUGAUUCUGGGGGAAUACACAGGGCUGCUGGUCAACCUGUCCCUCAUCCCAGUCAUGGGAGGACUAGCGUUGUGCACUGCCACGGAAAUAAGCUUCAACAUCCUGGGGUUUUCAGCUGCAUUAUCCACCAACAUUAUGGAUUGUUUGCAGAAUGUUUUUUCAAAAAAGCUUCUCAGUGGGGACAAAUACAGGUUCUCGGCCCCGGAACUGCAAUUCUACACCAGUGCUGCUGCUGUGGCCUUGCUGAUUCCAGCAUGGACCUUCUUCAUGGAUGUCCCUGUGAUUGGUAGGAGUGGGAAGAGCUUCAGCUACAGCCAGGACAUCGUGCUGUUGCUGCUGACAGACGGCGCCUUGUUUCACCUUCAGAGUGUCACUGCAUAUGCCCUGAUGGGAAAGAUCUCCCCUGUGACUUUCAGUGUCGCCAGUACUGUGAAGCACGCCUUGUCUAUCUGGCUCAGCAUCAUCGUUUUUGGAAACAAAAUCACCAGCCUGUCUGCCAUUGGCACCAUCCUUGUCACAGUGGGUGUCUUGCUCUACAACAAGGCCAGGCAGUAUCAGCAGGAGACUAUGCAGAGUCUGGUCACAGCCACCAGCCGAGGCCCAGAAGAUGACACAGAGCCACUGGUUCCUCAGGACUCUAGACAGCACCACUGAUCACCUGAUGCUGUGUCCAGGCCCAGACCGUCCUUCUGUACUCUGAGCUGGAACAGAGAAGGAUAUGAUGCAGGGCAGGUGUCUUGCUCCUUCCUGGACAUUAGAUGGGGGAUUCAGGAAUCAGCUUCUGCCUGGCAGAGCCCCGAAGGAGGAAUCAAAUGACCUACAACUCCCCUGGCUGCAAGUGAACCAGUGUCUCAGUGCCCAGCCUGCAAUUGGGCCAAGGUCUCAGUGGGGCCAACUGUGGAAUAAGCACAGGCUCCAGUACUAACCUGAGUUGCUGUCUGCUUGAUGCCAUCCAGGAGACCUAAACUUUUCUAUGCCCACCACCACCAUCACAGGCACUGAAGCCUGUUGGUUCUUGACAGUCUAUGAAACAGACAUUCCAGAUGCCAAUGACUCUAGCAUGGAGCCACAAAACCCUGAGAAACCAGAGUAGCAGGCACAACAGACCAGUGGCUCCUGCCACGGAGGGACAAUGCUAUGUGAAGGAAAAGUAUCCUCUCCUUGGCUUCUGCUACACUGAGCUACUCUGCUCCAGGGCUGUUGUCCCAUGUUUCUGCUGCCCAUUUGAUGACUGCCCCACUCUAGGAAGUUGGGGACAGAUAUCUAAUUCAAACAUGCUCUGGAGUGCUUUUCCAUUUUGAGUAUGAUGAAUGUGAAGUGGGCUGUUCUGAAUGGCCCAGUUGGCUACCCUGUGAAGAUUUCCCUUCAGAAUGGAUGACAGGGAAGUUUUAAAGAGCAUUGUGUAUACAGGCUAUGUUUUAGUUAAAGGUACACUGCUUUUUGACAGAGCAGGUGCCUGUAGAGGUUUCUGGAGUGUUGUCUGCAUGUCAGGUACAUCAAAGUCUACACACACAGCUGGCUCAUCAUCAGGGGUCAUAUGAUGACUGCCGGAGCCACCAGGUGCCCAGAGCUUAAGGUAGAGUGGAGGACAACAGUGGGGCCUUGGGAGUAAGAGGCUGAGGUUCUACAUUAUUCAACACUUUGUGAGUUGUGUGUGGCCUGCAGUCUGUUGCCAGCCAGUCUUUAAGACUCUCUCCAUUACUUGUAGCUGUAGCCACUGUCACUUUCUUGUCCGAGUCUCACUGGUCCUCACUGCUGUAAGUCUUAAUGUGCCCAUGGUGGUUCACUGGUUCCAAAGUUGGCUUCUUACCUGGAAAGUAUGAAAAAAGCCCCUCAAAGAGAUAGAUUGGGGUGACAACAAGCAAUAAUUAUUUAUGUCUACAUUUUAUUUACUUGAAAAAGUCAUCUUCCAUGAUGAUGGAUCAAAAUGAGGCCUUUUAAUCUACAAGCCACCUUUCUAAAGAAGCGACCUGAGCUGGACACUGGCUAGGUUUGUCUUUGCUAUGCUAUGUAAGGUCACCCACCUCCAUUGUGAAGCUGUUCUCUCAUUUGACUUUGCCCAGGUUUCUAAUUCCUUCCUCUUUGCUCUUCUCAAAAUAAAGAUCCAGUGGAGGGUAGAUGGCAGAUGUUGGAUUAAUCUGUGCAGUAGUCCUGUCUACUCAAAUCUGGCUGUGGAGCUGCUGAUACAGAAGAACACAUGUUUGUGGGUAUUGGUUGGAAGAUCUCUGGCCUUCCCACAGACCUUGUCUCAGUAUACUCAGAGUUCCACAUACCUGGCUUCUUAGUGUUGUUUGGAGUUUCUGCCUGUGUCCUUUGUGUAAUUAGGAAAUGGCCCAUUGUGACUUGCUCUGGCCACCCCUUCCCCACAUCUCCAGACUCAGCCUGUUUUGAUUUUCUACGUUUUUGGACUAGAAACAAGAACAAAGAUUUUUCUUAAAGCGACUUCCUGUAAAGCUGUUCUUGAGACUUGUCCGCAUAGGUGGGAAGAUCAUGGAAUCAGCCGCUUCUUUCAGGUCUUCCAGGACAGUGCUGGGUUGAGAGCCCUGGAAUGGCCCCACUUGACCAUUUAUUAUGACCAUACCAUAACAAUAUUUUUAAUUAACUUUGUUAAUACUUUCAUAGAAUACUAUGUUCUUCAUGAAUUGUUACUGAUGUACAUGUACAAAUAUUGACACCACGUGUCAUUCCAUGUCCUGGAUAAUUCCUCCUGAGUCUAUGUCAUUGUCUGGUCUGUUGUAAACAGAACACUGGAUUGACCUUCUGAGCCAGCCAUCUGCUUACUCACUGCACACACAGUUAAAAGAUAUACACAUUUCUAAUUUCAAAAAAUCUUCUAGGGGCUAUAGAAACAGCCUAGUGGUUAAGAACUAGUAGUGUGUUUCUUCCUGAGGACCCAAGUUCAGUUCUCAGAACUCUUGUAGAGUGCUUCACCAACUUCCUAUAACUCCAGCUUUAGGGAUCCUGAUGCCUCUGGCUUUUCUGAGCAUCUGUACAUGGGUUCAUGUAUGCACACACACACACACACACACACCCCUUAAAUUUUUAAAUACAUUUGUUGGGUGGUGGUGGUACAUCCCUUUAAUCCUAGCACUUGGGAGGCAGAGGCAAGUGUAUCUCUGUGAGUUUGAGGGCAGUCAGGUCUACAGAGCAAGUUCCAGCACAGCCAGGGCAACACAGAGAAACCCUGUCUUGAAAAACCAGAUAAAUAGAUAAAGAGUUUUUUUUUUUUUUUUUUUUUUUUUUUUAACACUUUCAGGAUUUGGCGUACACUUUAGUGGCACAUUACCGGCAUGCCAUGUGAAACUCUUUGGUUGAUCCCCAGCAGCAUACUUGGGACAGAGGGAUAAAGGAGAGACAACAACAACAACAAAAACCCCAAAACUUCCACUACUAAAAGACAAGAAAAAUAUUCUUUAUUGUUUUAUAUGCAUUGGUGUUUUGCCUGCAUGUGUGUUUGUGUGAGGGUGUUGUAUCCCAUGGAACUGGAAUUACAGAUAGCUAUGAGCUGCCAUGUGGCUCCUGGGAAUUGAAUUUGGGUCCUCUUGAAGAUCAGCCAUCUUACCAGCUCCUGUUUUGUUUUUAAACCAGGUCAUGAUGGCACAUUCGUAUAAUCUUAGUAUUUUGAAGGCAUUAGACUACAUAGUCUAAACUACAAGGCCAGUUUGGGCUACAUAUUGAGACCAAGUUUCAAAAAAACUUUUAUGAUCAUAAUUUCUCAUAUAUUAGGAUUAUAAUCCGUCCUCAGGUGGUGGUGGUGAUCUACACUUUUAAUCCCAGCAUUCAGGAGGCAGAGGCAGAGGCAGGUGAUUCUCUUUGAAUUUGAGGCUAGCCUGGUCUAGAGAGCCAAUUCCAGGACAGCCAGAGCUCUGUCAUCUCUACAGAUAGGAAGCCAUGUGGAUUCCUCUGAGAUUGCCCUGACUCUCCUGCCUUUGAGCAACAGUCUUUUGUUUUUCCUUAACAUAAAAAUAUUGACCUCCCUGUGGGAGGCCUCUUCAUCUCUUCAUUCCCGACCCUUUGGUUGUUGUGCUAGGGAUAGAAAUCAGAGCUUCAGUAACGCUAGGCUGCUAUUCUUUCUCUGAGACAUGGCCUCCAGCCUGUUUUUCUUAGUUUAUAAAUGCCUUUGCUUUCCCCGUGAAUUAGAACAGGACAUGCUGAUUGUAGACAAAUAGUACCCACCACAACUCAGAGUGUAGUAGGUUUUAACUUCUGUGUCUCUGAACUAUGUUUUCCUGGGGACUCUGACCCUUACUUUGGUGGCUGUUGGACCCUUUCUAACAAGUUUAGUUUGAAACAAAUCAAGUUGGCAAGUUGUGUGCUUGCGGGGCUUUUGUUUGUUUUUACUUUUCAUUUCUAGGACUCAAGCUGCAUAUUAAAUUCAUUUGUAAUGUC